UGAAACAAAUUUUAUAUUAUGUUCAAAGAUGUCUUCUCACGAUCAAAAAGCUUUUAAACAAACACGAAUAUCGAUUGCAUCACUAAUUAUAGGUAAUAACGUUUUAACACAAUGGGUGGCACAGUUUAAGGAGAGAUGUAAAUCUCUACAUCCGCCGUCAGCUUCCGGGCCGCCCGCCGUGAGAAUUUCCACUAAUUCAUCUCAUAAUAACAUAAGUUGAUGUUAUUUCUUACUUAUUAUGUCAUUAGGACAGUUAAAAACUUGUUAUUUUAAGCGAUUAAGAACAUUUAUGUAGUGUUAAGUAGAUGCAGUUUAUUUAUGAGGCACUACCGUUUUUAUUCCGUUAUAUAAAAAAUAAAAUUCAUUUAAAAUACAGUCAUUUGGAUGCAUUUAGUCCAAACCGUUAUCAUAUCUAGAAUUUUUUAAGCUCGUUAUAGACUUAGCCGUUUUUAGAGAUAAACGCCAUCUAGCGAUUAUGAAACGAAGCAGUUUCUGUAAGAGGAUCUUUGCGUUUGGGCUUGCUGUAUUCGGUAAAAGUUAACUUAUGAAAACAGAGAUGGCAUUUUACAAUGAUAUUUUUAAAGGAAAACAAUGGUCAGAAAAUUAGUACUCACAGACCCAAAAAUAUCUAUAAAAACAGUUUUAUUGUCAGUUAAUACUGACCUAUAAAAGUUCUACUGUGAACUCACUUUCAGAAACACACAUUUCCUACGAUAUCAACCUUCGAUGAUAGUCAACCGUAUGUUAAGAUAAUCAAACCACGUUCGAAAGAAUUCCAUCCUUCAAUCACUGAGCUACACCAUGUCCAAAAAUCUUUCAAUAAUUGCCAGAAUAUACCCACAGCUGAAAACCUGUGUCUUCUCCCCUAUUUCCAGAAAGAACCUCAGCCUGCAGCCGGUGGACCGCGAGGAGGACGCGCACCUGUUCACCUACCGCGACGUGAACCGCACGCACGUGUCCGUGGUGCUCGCGCAGAGCGUGGACUCCCUGGUCGACAGCGACUCGCCGCAGAACGUCGUCAAGUUCCGCCUUGGGUGCGACUUUGAUUCUGGCGAUGAUCUUAUAUCAGCAUACUUAUCGGUGACGGUAUACAUCGAGGAUGUGAACGACAACGUGCCCAAGUUCCUCGACACACCGUAUCAUGUCGCUGUGGAUGAAUUGACACCAACAGGUCUUACAAUAUUCAAGGGCAUCCGUGCCUUUGACCGGGACAAGCCCAAUACGCCAAACUCGGACAUCCAGUACAGCAUCACCUCCGGCGACGCUGACGGCCAUUUUGCUCUAGAAAGUUCCCACAAACCUGUGCUGGUUCUGAAGAAGCCACUGGAUUACGAUACAGGCGAUAAGGAGUUUCAUCUAGUUAUAACUGCUUCUGAUCGCGGUUCUCCUCCUCGCAGCUCCAACGCUACAGUUAAGAUAGUAGUCCAGGAUAAUGACGAUUUACCUCCCAAGUUUACGGCGGAUGUGUACAAAACACAAAUUCCGGAGUUUUAUCCACUAUUGGGUAAACGGAUCCAUAAGGAGUUGUUAUUUCCGGAGCCGAUCAGAGCGUAUGAUCAGGAUAUUGGUGUUAAUGCUAAACUAAAAUAUGAAUUGGUAGCUGGCAAUGAAAGAAGGCUCUUCUCUCUAGAUCCUCGCAAUGGCACGUUGUUUCUAGAAAAAGAAAUAGAUUUGGAUGCUGAAUCAAACUUGUCCGGAAACACGUUUAUAUUACAAGUGCAAACGUCGCAAUUGGACAAUCCCUUAAAAACAGCGCAGGCUAGAGUAGAGCUAGAGGUGUUGGACUUAAACGACAACCUUCCAGCGUUUGAAGUUGACUUCUACAAUAUAAGUAUUGUAGAAAAUCUGCCGAAUGGCUUUAGCGUUUUACAAGUAAUGGCAACUGACAAAGACCAAGAAGAUAACGGAGAAUUCACGUAUCAGCUCAACGAUCCCGAAGGAGCUUUUGUCAUCGACCCUAGAACUGGGUGGCUUACUGUCAGAAAUCAGACCGUCUUAGACAGAGAACAACACGCAUCACUAAAAAUGAAAGUUUACGCUAAAGAAAAGAUCCCGAGUGUUGUAGGAACAUUCUAUGACAAACAACGCCUUGCAAAAUGGCGAAGAAAUCCUACGACAACAGGAGUACCGUUGUUAAAGGACAGGACUACUUACGUAUUCCCUGAUAAGCUUGGAAGUAAGAAUGAUAACGUGGAAUAUGUAAACGAACAACUUAUGUCUUUCGUGAACGUCGAAGUCACGCUCUUAGAUGCUAAUGACAAUAAUCCGGUGUUUGUUCCAAGUAAUUUGUACGAAUUCUCAAUAAAAUCAAACGCAAAAGUUGGAACCCUAAUUGGUAAAGUCAAAGCAACGGACCCUGAUUUAGGAAGGAAUGGCAUGGUGCUUUAUGAUUUGCAACGAACAAGCAACUUGACUAUUACAUCACCUUUCCAAGUGGAUGCUAAGACUGGUGCCGUUAGUGUAGCAGAAACUCCAAUAGUGGAAGGAAGACAUGCUCUAUUCAUUGAAGCUUCAGAUCAACCAGCUAAUCCUAGUGAAAGAAGAUAUUCAUUAGCCGUUGUUACCAUUGAUGUUACCAGUGCAAGUAAAGGCCCUAAAGGGGACAGACCCGGUUUCAUAGGAGCUCCUUACGAAUUUUGGGUUGGAUCAAAUGUUGGUAUUGGUACAAGUGUUGGCCAAAUUCGUAUCAAUGAUGCAAUGGAAAAGAACGACGUGUCGUACGAUCUAUUGCAUAGUUAUGAAGAAGGAGUGCCGUUUGCUGUUGAAGAAAGAUCAGGAGUAAUAACAGUAGUAGAUGAAUUAACUAAAUACGAUAGACCGAUGUUUGAUUUUGAAGCCGUAGCAAUGCAGGAAAAUGCAAACCUAACCAUUACCACAAACGCGACAGUACACGUAGUUGACGUUAAUGAUGAAAGAGGCAUACUCCUGAAAGGAGCUCACUCACCGUUGGUUUUCCAUGUUAAAGAAAACGUAGCUGGUGCAACUAUUGGUCAAAUCUUUCAUGUCAAUAUGAGUUCACUUUCAGCAAAUAACAGUGGUAAUAUAAGGUUUAUAAUUGCUAACCAGCAGGAUGUCUCUGAAGAUAUUGCCAUAGGUCAAGAUGGCACGAUCUUCGCGCAAAAACCUUUAGAUAGAGAAAAGCGCAGUACAUACCGAAUGACUGUGAUUGCUGAAUUUUCAAAAGGUGUGAUUUCUGGGGCUGGAAUUUAUCAAGUUACCAUAAAUGUCGAUGAUGAAAAUGACAACCCACCUUUAUUUGAACUACCGAUAUAUGAAGGAUUUAUCUCGGAAAACUCAGCAAAAGAAACUGAAGUUAAAAUGACAAAUAAAAUAAUUGCUAAAGAUGACGACGAAGGUGCUAAUGCACUGUUUAUGUAUACCUUAUUUGGAGACGGCCGUGAAAUGUUCCACGUUCAUGAAAACACCGGAGUUGUAACGUUUGUCGGUAACAAAUUAGACAGAGAAGAGAAGUCUGCAUAUGUACUGAAAAUCGUUGCAAGAGACAGAGGUGGUCUGAGUUCCGAAGCUAAACUAACAAUUAAUGUACUUGAUGAGAAUGAUAAUAUUCCGAAAUUCAAUCAAAUCAUCAUUCCGUUCGGGGAAAAUGUAGAACUACUUGAGGCAGACGAAAAUUCUACUGUAAACAUUUAUCGUGAACAAAAGAAUAACGGGAGUGCUGGCUUAACCAACAAAGACGUGAAGCCAAAAAAUAAAUUUGCAAUGAAUACCGGAACUGGACCUCUAUUUAUGUUACCAGAAAACGUUGCCAUUGGCUCAACUAUAUUGAAACUAAAUGCUAUGGAUAUGGAUAGCGGCAUCAACGGUCAAGUAAGAUAUGAAUUUAUUUCAGAAGUGUUCAUUCCUCCUACGUCUACAAAAGGCAUGCAAGUUAAAAGAUAUUUUGUGAUAAAUGAGAGACAUGGACACAUUAUUGUUGCGAGGACAUUGCCCCCAGAGGCAGAAUUCAGAUUAAACAUUUCGGCUUUAGACGGCGGUGAAUUGAGUGAUAAUAUUUCUAUAAGAUUAUUUAUCAAAGAUAUAAAUGAUCAUUUCCCGAUGUUUAAAAAAUCGUGGUAUAGUUUCAAUGUUGAAGAAGCCCAGUAUACUAGAAGAGUAUUAGGCAAAGUGGACGCCACUGAUGCUGACUUCGGCCAAAAUGCCAAUUUGACAUAUUUUAUCCAACCCGUAUCAAAGGACUUGCCUUUUGAAAUAUCGCCACUAACCGGGGUAUUUAGUGUUAAUGGGGAGCUGGACAGAGAAAAAGAAGACAAAUAUGUUUUAACCGUAGUUGCUCAAGAUAACGGAUAUGAUAAAAAACUUUCAUCUUCAGUAAGUGUUGAAGUGCAAGUAUUGGAUGUUAACGACAAUGCACCAAAAUUCUUUGCAUACAAUGAAUUACUUGAAUGGAAACAUCCCGAAGCGGAUGAAAUCGCUAAUCAUAACUUUGAAUCUGUUAUGAUGAUACCUGUAUAUAAAGCAACUUUAGAAGAAAAUGCACCUAUUGGCACUGUGGUCACCAAAAUUUAUGCAAAUGAUUCUGAUUUUAUUGGUAAUGGUAAUGGUUUAAUUUUAUAUAGCCUCCCACAGCGAAAGAAUCAAAUGAAUCUAUUUGCUAUUGAUUCUAAAGAGGGUAUAAUUACAACGACAGGAAGGUUGGACUACGAAAGUCAGACGGUACAUAAUGUAACUAUUGUAGCAUCAGACUUAGGAUCUCCUAGUCUAAGUUCUACUGCUAUUCUAAUUUUAACGGUGACUGAUGUUCCUGACGAAGUGGAAGUUUCAGACAAGCCAGUAUUCAUAUCGAGAUAUUACGAGUUAGAGAUUGAAGAAAAUGUUCAUGCUCCCGUUGAGCUAGUAACUUUAAACUUGACGGAACACUAUGAAAACUUCAAAAUGAAGUACUUUAUUCUCAACGAAAAUGACUUAGAUGUUAAGAAAUCCUUUGUUAUUGACCCCAAAAAUGGUACCUUGUACUUAGUAAAGAGCCCAGAUAGGGAAGUGAAAGACAUUUAUGAAAUCGUUAUAAGAGCCGAAAGACAGAAGAUAAGUAGAGAGUUGCCACAUAUGAUAUAUCCUGUUGCUGAUGAUGUAAUGGAAGGAUUAACGAAGUAUGACGUGAAAGUCAUUGUGAGAAUAAAGGACGUUAACGAUAAUGCUCCAAAAUUCACUAAUAGUGGACGACCUAUGGUUACAGCAAUACCUACAACAGCACCAUUUGGAUAUCAAGUUAUUCAAUUGAAGGCAACGGAUGCGGAUGUAGGGAUCAACUCGGAUAUUCGCUACCAAAUCAUAAACGAGCAGGCACCGCGCUUCGCAAUCGACCCGGUAUCGGGCCGCGUCCGUGUCGUGUCGACCCUCGCUCGAGAUGCAGGCCGUGUGUUCGGAUUUGAUGUCAAAGCUACUGACAAACGUGGUGCCGACGAUGGAAAGUCAGCUAUAGCUAAUGUUUUUGUCUACGUACUGGACGAAAAUAAACAACUGGUGCUGGUAGUCGGAGCAAAGCCAAUGGAAGUUGAGAGGGGCAUAGACAAUAUCACUAGAUCGCUGACGAAGAUGACGGGCUUCGAUAUAAGAGUGAGACGAUUGGAAGCCAACACUAAGGCUGCUAUGGAUGUUGCGACUGACAUGUAUAUUUACGCAGUAGACCCGUUAUCUAACGCAAUAAUUGACAUGGAUGUUCUGCAAAAAUCUCUGAUGAAACGGGAGACGGACCUCCGUCACAACCUGGCCGGCUUCCGAGUUCUGGAAGUUGGCGACAACGCCAUGGUGCAGGCUAGGAGUGGUCGUCUACUGAGCACCAUGGAGAUCAGUGUGGUGGCUCUCGGGUGCAUCGUCUUCGUCGGAGCCUGUACCACCGCUAUCUGUAUACUGUGCGUUAGGAGGAGUAGAAGACGCAACCACAAACCAUAUUCCCAGCAACGACUUAACGCUUUCUCAACUGAGCACCUAACCAAAUUCGGAGGUCUCUUCCCGUCUGGAGGCAACCAGUGCCAAGAGCUGAACCAGUCAUACAGCGAGGCUGACUCAUACAUCGACGUCAUUAACCAUAAUGGGAAAAAGAUCUGUCCUCAUGGGAACACAGUUGAAGAGUUUGGGAAGGCUCACCAGAAAUGUGUGAAGACCCAGUUUGGUGAUGACAUGUUCAAUCAGAAACAUGAGCGAAUGUGCAUCAAGUUUAACCAGCGCCCUCUACAGAAGAGGAAGGGGCAAGAUACAUCGAUAACGUCCGUGAAUUCCAGUGGCCAAGACUCUGGGAUCGCCGAAGUCACGCGGUGUCCUUGUGGCCAGUCCAGCGUGCAUACAUCCGAGGAGAGCAGCGGUUGCAGUUACGAAGACUCUCUGAAGUCAACUCGCAACGCUGACAGUCGCGGGAAGCCCUACCACGCGGACACCGAGCCUCGCUUCAUGAGACGAGCAUCCUUCACCCACCAGCCGCUGGACUCUCGGCAGUUCAACUACAGGCGUCAAUCCUUCUCAGAGAACAUGCAGAGACAUUUUCCUCCGUUCGAGAGAAUUGGUUCCCCUGCCGGCAUGACCAGGCAAGCUUCAACACCAAACGUGUCCAACACGCAAUCCUACUUCUUGGGAGGUAAGAAGAGAAAUGAAUCCAGAAGAAAAGAGGUCCUCAACGAGCCUAUGGUGGAUUAUGAUCAUAGUGAGGGAGAAGAUGUUUUUGAUACCACACAUAGGAUGGAGAGAAGAACUAGUGCAAGGAACCAUAAGCGAGGAAAGUUCAUGGAGCUGGGAGGUCAAGCGGCGGUGUUUGUCGCCACGCCCGCAGCCGCCGAGAUCAUGAGGAGGCAGGGCAGCGAGAGACUGAUGUUCGCCAGACCGUUAUAGUAGGAGCCAUUUAAUGAUUCAGUAUAUUAUUUAGCAUGGAUGCAUGGACUCUUGAAAGUGAAACCCCCUAAGAUUUGUUAGUAGUUGAGUAUACCAAACGCGUACAGUACAGAUCUUUUAAAAAGUAUAAGUCAUGAACCUUGUUGUAUGUUCUCCUUAUUUUUUAAACUUUAUACAUAUACUCAAGAACCUAAUACUCAUUAAGAACCUUAACUGGAUAACGUCCUUAAAAUUAAAUAAUUAAGAAAUUAACUUCAAUUUGUUGAAAAUUGUGAAUUGAGUGAUAACUUAUGAUUGUGCAAUUUAUAUUUAUACGUAAUUAGGUGUACAUUCUAUGUAAAUAAGUGUAAAAAAUUUGGACAUUUUAUAAUUAUUUCUUGCCUUUGCCAGCUUUACUAUUUGGUUGUGUCCAAAGAACUCAUAGAUUGAUAUUAAGUGCCAUUUGGAGAAUGUCUCUACAUUUGUAGAGUUUUGUUACUGUCUGUUAAUAAUAAUGUUUAACCACCUAAUAAUGAUGUUAUACGUCACGGAACGUGAUUUAUUGUAUUUUUGUAAAUACUUCUAGCUAUAAGAAUAAAUAAGUAAACAAUUAUCACAUAA